CUUCUUGCUAUUGGGUCUAGCUUCAGAUACAUGUGUUCGUGCUGGUGGAAGGGUUAUCCGUCUGUACGCACAGUAGGAAUGCGGUGGCGUCGCUGUGAGAUCUGGGUUGCAGCGUUGCUCCAGUAGAAUUCGACUGCUUGUUGACUCCUGAACUCACACCACAUACACUCGUUUUUUUCCUUCUUCUUAUUUCGAUGAUGGCGAUAGAAGAGUGCGUCGGCGGAGGUACAGGUGGAGGUACAGGUGGAUGCAGUGGCUGUGACUGCGAGGAAAUAUUGCUCGGCGGCUCAUCGAGAGUGAGUUCACCAUCGCGACGAUAUAUACCAAGGUCACCACCACGGCCACGGCCAUCGGCAUCGUCAUGGCGACGAUCUUUACAGAGCAAGAAGGUCCCUACCACUACAGCAUGGAUUUUCACCCUCAUUACGCUCACCCUCGCGCUCCUCCUCUCCCCCGCCGCCGCAGCAGAAGUAGUAACCUUCCGCAACUGCACGUACACUGGCAAACUCCUCCCAGCAUCCAAAGCGGUGACCUUCGCCGACCUGACCAGCACAACCGGUAGCAUAUCAUGGGGGGCCUCGCUCGACACAAAGUCUAUGACAACAGACGACUACGUGCUCUCCCUCGGCGAGAACCGCGCGCCGACGAUCCUGAACGUGUAUUUCGACGCCGCACAUCUCGAAGGCGGGCUGAACGAGCCACUGAACUGCCAGAUCGCGGCGGCGAAGGCCGCCGGCGCUAUCCUGAUGCUCACCAUCGAGCCGUGGGACGGGCUGCACAAGAUCGACAGCGUGGUGACCACGUACCUGGCCCGGCUCUGCCGCGACAUCAACGAUGCCGGCGUCGGCGUCUUUGUGCGCUUCGCACACGAGAUGAACGGCGACUGGUAUCCGUGGGGCGCGCGGCCGGGCGAGUACAGAGACACCUACCGCGCCGUCGCCGCGGCGGUCAAGGCCGCCGCGGAGAACACGGCUAUGGUGUGGGCGCCGAAUACGGGUGUGGGAUACCCGUACGACGGCGCGGGGAAGUAUCUUCCCACCGAUACCGAGGGCAGCAGGUUCAAGCAGAUGGAUACCAACCGCGAUGGCGUCCUUGACGAGCACGAUGAUCCGUUCGGUCCGUACUAUCCCGGCGACGACGUGGUGGACUGGAUCGGCAUCUCGCUGUACAGCAAGCGCGAUAACCGAGAGUCCGACGACAGGGCGAAUAAAAUGGAUAAGCGCGGCCCGCUGAAUAUGUACAUCAACAACCCCGGCACCAAGUUCAACAUCUACGAGAUCUACGCGAAGGGGAAAAACAAGCCGUUCAUGAUCGCCGAGACAGCGUCCGCGUACUACCCCGACUUCCCCGAAGGCGACGGCGAGGUCGAGGUCAAGCGCCAGUGGUGGCGCCAGUUCUGGAGCCCGGAAACACUGAAAGACUACCCGCUGCUCAAAGCAACCGUCUGGUUCGAAUUCUCCAAAACCGCGGACACGGGCGAAGUGCGCGACUACACGAUCACGCGGAAGCAGGCGGUGCUGAACGCAUUCCUGGAAGACGCCGGGGCCACCAACGCGAUCAACUUUCUGGACCGCGUGAAGCAGGACCUGUCGGGCGGCACGGGCGGGUGCGCGUGCACACAGCCGGGCGACCUCGAUGGUGAUGGGAAGCCAGAUAAGAAGAAGGGCGUCGCCGCGGGGGUCAUGGUUGAUCGCCGAUUGCUGUUGCUGGGAAUGAGCGGUGUGAUGGCGGUGGUUGGGGGUGGGUUUUAGGGAGUGUGAAGUAGGUAGGUAGGCAUGGCGCACACGAGGUAUAUGUGUGGGAAUUCGGCAUUUGCGUAAGUGCUUGGUUUUACAUAUAAUUUGGGCCUACUUUACCUGUAUUCUCGGCGGUCUCUGGGUGCGCAUUUGGAUAGGACGCACUGGGUUAGUUUAAUGGUAAUGGUACUUCUACUCUCUACUCGGG